CGUGUCUUCUGCUAGCUCUUAGUUCAUCUUGGUCUGCUGCGAUAGACUGUGCUGGGCAACUUGGUCGAGCCAUGUCGUCAGACUCUGAAUCAGAUACCGCAGUCAACUCCCGCCAGGAGUCAGACGGCCCAAAGAGGAGGCGAGUGCAUCGCGCCUGUGAUGCUUGCAGGAAACGAAAGACCAGAUGCGACGGUGCCGGCCCGCAGAAUGACACAAGGUGUUCUAAUUGUGUAACUACCAACUCAGAAUGCACGUACGUGAUAGCCGUGAAGAGACGUGGACCGCUUAAAGCCUAUGUCGAUACUCUUGAGAGCCGGCUGGAGAAGAUGGAAGGGCUGUUGGGACGCCUCCUGCCUUCCGAUGGCGAUUCUUCUCAAGCACAAGAUUUGAAAAACCUGACCGUCUCCGGGCCCUCUCGCACACGGUCUCUGUCAGAUGCAUCUAGCUUGGCCAAGACAGCCCUCCACCAUGUGUCUCCCACCUCCGACUCUAAUCCCAAUAGUCCUGCAGACCCUGAGGCCGUCAAGGUCCGAGAUGACUCCAGUGAUGAGGAGAAUCCCGACGAAAAGUUUCUUACAGAGCGGUUGAACGACAUGCGACUGAACCCUGAGAUAUUUUAUCGGUUCUUAGGAAAGUCCAGUGGCGCCAGCUUAGUUCGUACUACUUUCAACUUGAAAGCUCGGCAUACUGGAACCAAAUCCCAAGGAAACAGGAUGAGACGUCCAGAAUACUGGGAAGCAAUUCCGUGGGAACGCUCCGCGUUCGAUCCUUGGCUGCAUCCAUGGGAAUUCCCCUCCCCGGACCUGCUCGAUUCGCUCGUCGAUCUCUAUUUCGAAAAUAUUAACAUCUUCACUGCUCUCCUGCAUCGUCCAACAUUUUGUCAGGCUAUCGCCGACGGUCUCCACUUAAGGGAUGAUGGCUUUCGUCAGGUUUUCCUUCUCGUUUGCGCCACCGCUUCUCGGUACUCAAACGAUCCCGCCGUUCUUCUUGACGGCGUUGACGACUGUCAUUCGGCUGGAUGGAGAUGGUUCCGUCAAGUCGACCUGACGCGAAAGUCCCUUCUCGUCGCCCCGAGCUUGUAUGAUCUACAAGUUCAUUGUCUAGCAAUUAUGUUCUUGCAGUCCAGCUCGAUACCGCAAACAUGCUGGGCUCUAGUCGGUACUGCCGUUCGGAUGUCCCUGGACGUUGGUGCUCAUCGCCGCAAAGUAUAUCAUACACACCCAACUGUUGAGGAUGAACUGUGGAAGCGCGCGUUCUGGAAUCUGGUCUCUUUUGAUCGGCAAAUCAGCUCCGGUCUGGGUCGACCUUGCGCAAUACAAGAAGAAGAUUUCGACCUCGGCAUGCCGGUAGAAUGCGACGAUGAAUACUGGACUUCGCCUGACCCUGACCAGGCCUUUCGGCAGCCUGAGGGGAAGCCGUCGACCGUUUGCUAUUUUACACUGUACCUGAAACUCAUUCAAAUCCAUGCCUUCGCGCUGAGGACGAUCUAUUCGAUCAACAAAUCAAAGGCUUUGCUGGGUUUCGUAGGCCCGCAAUGGGAACAACACAUUGUUUCUCAACUAGACUCAGCUCUCAACAAAUGGGUAGACUCUGUACCUGACUUUCUGCGAUGGGACCCUACCCGAGAGGACUCUACAUUUUUCGCUCAGUCUGCAAUGCUCUACUGCAACUUCUACAACUUGCAAAUCAUCAUACACCGCCCUUUCAUAACUUCUAUUCGUGACGCAUCGCCUCUAUCGUUCUCCUCCCUUGCUUUGUGUACCAAUGCUGCAAGGUCAUGUAUCCGGAUCAUGGACACUGCUCGGAGGAAAGAGAAGUCUAUCAUGAGUGCAUUCUUCCCGAUCCCUGCGUUUACGGCUGCCUUGGUGCUGCUGCUGAACAUAUGGGGUGCCAAGUUUGCGGGAUUCGCGAUCGACCCGGCGAAAGAGAUCCAAGAUGUCCAUAAGGCCAUGCAGGCCAUCAAGUCGUACGAGAAUAGGUUUUAUGCCGCCGGAAGAUCCUGGGAUGUCUUGUGUGAGCUCGUCUCCGUUGGAGAUCUUCCUCUACCGCCCCCACCGCCCUCCUCCAAGCGAAGCAGAGAUAUCGAUAGUCCUGGUUCUCCCCCCGAUCCGCUUCCCUUCAGCUCAUCUGGGAGUUAUCCGCUUGAUUCCUCUGUUUCACCGGGAGAUAGUUCGCGUCAAUAUGCAGGCACAAGACGUGCUCAGCAUAAGCCUCAUAACGCUGUAGCUUCGUCCUCGUCACCCCAAACCGGAUCCAACAUAGAUCGGCAGCGUUACUCUCGCCAUCAGUCCGCAUCGUCCUCGUUAGAUAUUUCACCGCCGUACAAUGCAGGCAUCCACAAUCCUUCGUCUUUCUCGUCGCCGUCGUUCACCCCGGAGCCACAUCAACAGUCGACUUUGCCAACGCACAGCGAUGAUCUCGCGCGGCUGCCGAACUACCAUGAUGGCCAGCGAUAUUCGCAGACGAACACCGAGCCUCAACUUUCCUUCGACUUUUCUUCUUCCUUUGUUCCUUCCGGCUCUGGUUGGGGAACUAUGCCAGCGAUAUCCGCAAACGGAGAAGGAGGACAGUAUAUAAGCGGGGUUGGAAUAGGAGAGGCGGGGAACGGCAUUGAGAUGGACGAUUUGUUCAAUUUUGAUACGAUACUAGGGAAUGGCGCUUCCUCGUCGUCACUGCCUCAGUCUCAGCACUAUGGUCCCCAGGUCGGUAACAAUGUUGGCGAAGGGAUGCAGGGUCAAGGACAUACACAUGGGACUGCGGGUAUGCCUUUGGGAUCGGACUCAGGAAUGCCGAUGAGGAUGGGUGAGCCGGAUGGGAACGAUUUCAUGAGUAUGUGGACGAAUGUGCCUUCUGGAUUUGAGGGCGAAGACUGGGACGCAUAUAUUACGAACAUGUUGGGGAUGAACCAGAUGCCGGUGGCUGGUAGUGGUGGAGAUGGAGGAUCAGAGGGUCUCUACGCGCAAGAUGCGGCGGUCUGAUUGCAUGCAUGGUACGAAUCGGUUUCGAUAAAGUCUAAACAUGUCCUUUGUCUCAUUUCCUAGUAUUUUCCUUGUUUUAUCAUCGCCAUCGCGACGUAAUUGUCAAUUCCACGCUUUCAAUGUUGUUC